AAAGUAAAAUAUUCAAAUGUUAGCAGUCACCACACUACCCUCUAUUAAAUGGAUACAAAUAUGAGCCAUGUGAGUAAACUGUCCUACAUGUUUAAAAAAUGUCCUGCAGGAGACACUAACAUAUCCCCCAGUCUGGCAGAGCUCAAAUGUUUUCUGUAGGGAUAUGUAGGAGUUUUUGCUGCGCUUAAACAAGUUGUCUAAUCAUUGUUCUAGUCUUACUGACACGUAAAAAAGUUGCUUCGAGUAGUUAUAGCCAACACUGGUAAAAUAUAAAUACUGUCAGGUGUCCCUCUAAAACCUUGGAGACUAAGAAAAAAGCUGUUUCAGCAACAUGAUAUAAAGCUAAUCUUGAAAUUGGUGUGUGGCUCUUUAGAGUGAUAAGCUUAAUUUGGCUCUUACUGCUGAACUGGUUUAACUAAUUCAAGUACUAACUAACUCAGUAACUGUCUGGAUGGAUACUUUGUGUAUCGAGUACAAUAAUCAGUACUGUAUUGUGAGGUGUACUUUAGGUUUAAGAUAUCUUUGAGCUGUACUGUAAAAAUAAAAAUAGAAAGCUGCAGGAUUCACAAUCAUGCAGCUGAGUUCACAAUCAUUUUCAAAGUGUUGGUCAAUAUUUAACCUAAGUAUUUGUGAAGAAAGGAGUUACUAUCUCACCUGUUGAUUCUGAGUGUUUUGUGAACUUUGUCCCUUCACAGUUCCUCUUUAUGAGUCGCUGAAAACAGAGAACUCCAUGUCAUCCUCUAAAGGUGCUUUGGCUCAGUCAAAAACUGUUCCUUGUUUACCAGAGUCUCAUUGUCGUGUCUACUCUCCACCAGGACAGCAGGAUGUGAUGGACAGCCCACGUUUUACCUUCAACCCAAAAGAGGGGAUAGAUAAUCCAGCUCUGAUCAUCACUGAUGAUUUAGAACCUGACCUGUGCAUGGUACCCCGCCUCUGUCAGCUGAAGCGUGUGGAGGGUCAGAGCUUUGGCUUUCACUUACACAUGGAACAGAACAACCAUGGCUUCAUAAUUAGAGAGGUGGAACCUUGGAGUCCUGCAGAGCACAGUGGCCUCAGAGGCGGAGAGCGACUGCUGGAGGUCAAUGAGACAUAUGUGGGCAACAUGGACUUUUUCAAGGUUGUGAGAAAGAUCCAGUCAUGUGGCUUAGACUUGUUUCUUCUGGUGCUACGGAGGGAAGAGUAUGAGCAGGCAGUGGUCAUGGAUUUAGACAUACAAAAGCUCGCAAAAGCCACCAAAGGAGACAGGUGGACUCGCCCAAGACUGUGUCACAUCACCAGACAUCCAGAUCAUGGACUGGGAAUGACUAUCAUACCAAUUACUGGUCAGAGGGGUCGAUACAUGGUGAACACGGUAUCUGAUGGUCCAGCAGAGAAAGCCGGUGUCCACUUUGGAGACAUUUUAGUCUGGAUCAAUGGAGUCUCUGUGUCAGAGCUCACAACCACCAGUCUGAACAGAAUUGUAAAGAAGAGUGGGAACUCGGUGACAUUGCUGGUUAUUGACAGUGACAGUGAGUCCUGUUAUCUCAGGCGGAGGAUGCCCAUCCUUCCUACACUGGCAGAAAGUAACAACCUUCCCUACUAUGCUAAGAACUUACAUUUGCUGAAAAGACCUGAUGGAUUUGGUUUUUUGCUAAGACAAGAGAAAGUGGAACCCCCACAAAAGAUAGCUCAUGUACUGAGGGAAGUGGAUGUAGGGAGUGCAGCAGAGGAAGCAGGUAUGGAGGACGGUGAACUGCUGCUGGCUGUUAAUGGUGACCAUGUUGAGUCCUUGGAACACGAGGAAAUUGUCAGACUGAUAAGAAAAAGUGGUGACAAAGUCACACUAACGUCUAUGUCUGUACAAGGAAGAAAAUAUUAUAGAGAGUUAGGAGUGCCUCCUCUCUUGUUCCAUGAAGAAUAUUCUCUCAACUGCAACAACACAAUGAGCAAUCAGGAUGAUCGGGAUACAGUCCACCUUGAUCACUCUGGAAACAUAAACCCACAGCUAUCAGAGAGAACAGAGGAUGUUUUUCUGUGAUGAAAAAGACGUGACCAAAGGCGAUCAGAGGUUGGAGGAGGAACCUGGACGGGUCAGCAGAAGUCAAUGUGUCAGGAUGUAAAUGUAAUGUUUGGAAUUUGCCUGUUCAGGAGAAGGCGUUAGAUGAAUCAUUGCAGUACAGUUGUCUCGUUUAGUAGCAUAUCUACUUUUUUUUUUCUAAUAUCAUAUUCGGUAGAAAAAGAUAAAGUAGAAAAAUAAUUAAUACCAAUGUCAAUUCUCAUUAUAUCCUUCAUUUGUAUAAAGCGUGAACUGAUCAACAACCUUUUAAACAUCUGAACAAACAUCUUAUUUGUUGGUUCCCACAGUGCUUUAAAAUGUUAAAAUGUAGUUUUUUUCUUUGUUUUUAAGUGAUUUUUAACAAUUGAAAAACCCAGAAAGGUUUUUUUAAACACUGGAUGAAAUUUACAUUAAAACUGUAAUGGUGCAUGUGUAUGUAUACAAACUUGGGGAAAGCAGACGUUUUUCUUAUAAUUGUGGCAUUGAUUGAUGGCUGAUACCACAGUCGGACUUAACUACAGACUGAGAAAAAAGGAAUAUGUGUCUUUUUAUUUGAUGUAUGUAAACUUCCGGUUUCAACUGUAAUUAUGUAUUUUAUUUCUAGAACAGAGUCGUGGAAAAGAAGAGAUGACAUUGUUAAAAAGUCAUAUUUAUUGUCUACAACAGUAUUUUCCAGAUGAAUAUGUUUCUGUAAAUACAACUUUCUAAACAGUUUUUAAAUGAGAUAUUUAAUGAACUGCAAAUUGUUUUUAAGGUAUAUCUGAUUAAAACACCAAAUAUCAAACUGUGAUUGCAAUGGUUCUAUAGUUGUUAAUUAGUGAUUAAUGUCUUAUUUGAAGUCUAAUUAUUGUAAAAAAGAAAAUACUUCCCGUAGAAACGCAUAGCAAAAUACAUGAAACAGAGGAGAUGAAAUCUACUAAAGGUUUUCACAUAGGUCCGGAAGGGAAAGCACUAAC